AUGAAAUUCUCUAUCUUUAUUAUUACUUUGGCCACAAUUAUCAUUUGUCUUGGAAAUGUUGGUAUCGCUCUAAACAUUAGACCUAAGGAUAAAUAUUAUGUUAGUAUGCCAGAAGAAGGAGACAGUACUAGAGCCUAUGCCAGAAUUAGUUACUUUGCUGGAAGACAAUGCGAAGAAAGAUUCUAUGAUCUAUACUACUGGACAAACAGUUGUGUCGAAGGAAACAGAAUCUUUGAAUGUAUACAAGGUGGAAACACAAUGACCGAAUACCAAUAUCCAGGAGAUAACAAUUGUUCAACCUCAGAGGGAGAGCCGACCAUCACAACCUACAGUAUUGGAUGUCAAGGUACAACUUCAUUCAGUUGUGAGUCUCAAUAA